GGUACAAAAAAAAAAAUCAACAAGGUUCCAAAAAAAUAAAAAUAAAAGUAAUACUAGUACAUGAUUUGUUCUUGUAAGCUGAAUCAAAUUGACUAGUUGGUGAUAAGUCUAACAACUCCAUUAUAUAAACCUGAAACAUAGUAGUGUUGUACUACAAACUGAAAAUGGAGUCAUCAACCGAGAAAGUAGACAAGUACCGUUCUUUUAUGUAUGGAGAAGGUGAGAAGAACACCACAUGGGUGUUUGGAGCUCCUCCUAAUUUCGAUAUCGUCGACAAGUUCUUUGAACAAGGCAGGACUAAGAUAUGGCCUGCUGGUUCACUAGAAGAGAAAGUGCAAAAUCUUGUGAAGACAAUGGAAAUGGAGCUCUUCCAUAAGGCCGAUCCCCAGGACUAUAAAUCCUUGGAUGCUUCCAAAUAUACAUUUAGCGUUAAUGGAAGGAAGCCUUUAACAUUGAAGGAAGUAGGCGAAAUGGGUGGAGGAUAUAAUGGGUUUCUACAAACUUCAUUACCAGAGGAGUUACGCUUGUAUGACCCAGCAAAAGAGACUAGAGAAUCAGCUCACCAUCUCUUCAGAACUGCAUUUCCUCGAGGGUUCGCCUUUGAGAUCCUCCAAGUCUACUCGGGUCCACCGGUGAUUGCUUAUAAGUUCAGGCAUUGGGCUUACAUGGAAGGUCCUUUCAAAGGCCACCCUCCUACUGGAGAACUAGUUGAGUUAUUUGGGUGUGCUAUUUUUGAGGUGGAUGAGCAGAUGAGGAUAAUCAAAGUUGAGUUCUUUUAUGAUCGCGGCGAGCUGCUUAGUGCUCUUACAAAGGGUACAAAAGUGGAAGGUUCUGAUGCUGAUAUGAAGAUGGGUUGCCCUUUUUUAAGUAAAACAGGUUAAAAAAACUGAUGCAGCUGAAUAAAAUCAAUACAGGAAUUAGUUGGUCCAAUGUUCAAGCAGGAAAAGAUGCAUUUCUGCUACUAUAUGUAAACAACUUAUUUCAAUCUGUGCUGUAUUUUCCAUUCUUACUGAUGUUUUGGUUUGAAAAAGAACUUUGUUUAGAAAAAGUCAACAGUAACAAUAAUGUUUACAAUAACAGCAAAAAAAAAAAAUCCAUAAAAUAAUAGCAAUGAAUUUUAAGUGCUAGUAAA